AUGCGGAAGAAAGACAAGCGGAAGGAGAGGAAAACCGCCUUCAACGAAGACAAGCCCUGGAAGAACCACGGCGACUUGGAUGUCAUCUCCGACUCGCAACGCAAGCGCUACGAGGGGUUGUGGGUGAGCAACAAGGGCCUCUACCUCGACCGCGUGGCUACCAAGGAGCUCCAUGGCCUCGACUGCGUCUCGAUGCUGAACCUCAUACAUGGCAGCGUGGUGAAGAAACUCUGGAGCAGAAGCAACCUCCCACGCGAGACUCUACAAGCCAUCUGGGACCUCGUGGACUUCCGGAAAGACGGCACGCUCAACAAGGCAGAGUUUAUCGUUGGAAUGUGGCUUGUCGACCAGCGGCUCUACGGGCGCAAGCUACCGAAAGUCGUGAACAAGCUGGUCUGGUCGAGCUUGGGUGGUCUCGGCGUCAACGUUGUGAUCAAAAAGAAGAGGCGGUAG